GCGGAACAUCAACCGACCGUGCGAUUGUUUCUGGCGGAACAUUUAACAUGUCAUACCAAACAUUCCGCGAGAAAGAACAGGAAGUCAUUUUAGCAAGAUGUGACAAGUGUCAGUGAGGAUAAUGUGCGUUUGACUGCAGAGAGAGGAGAUGAUGCUCCCUGCCAGAUUCACUUCUCAGGUCAUUCUGAGCACCUGGAGGAGGCUUCACCAUGGAACCUGCUACUCCAACCUCCCUAGCCUCUCCAGCAAAUACCUGAACAAGCAGAGGAAAUCCAUGGUCUCUACCCACCACCCAGAAAAUAGUGUUUUUAAACGAGUCUUCCACAGCCCGCGAGCAUGGUUGUUACAUCCACCAACCAGACUGGAAGCCACCACCACGCCCUGUGGGAAAAGACUGUUCAGCCUGUCAGCGGCUGGGAUUGUAAACUCUGCCCCAGCGCCCGUGCAACCCUACCUCAGAUUAAUGAGACUUGACAAACCAAUCGGAACAUGGUUGUUGUACCUGCCUUGCACUUGGAGCAUCGGCCUGGCUGCAGACCCAGGCUGCCUCCCACAUCUGGGCAUGCUCACGUUAUUCGGCACUGGGGCCCUGCUGAUGAGAGGGGCUGGCUGCACCAUCAAUGACAUGUGGGACAAGGACUUUGACAAGAAGGUUGCCAGGACAGCUACUCGGCCAAUUGCUGCAGGGGAGAUCUCUCAGAUGCAGGCCCUAGUCUUCUUGGGAGGUCAGCUUUCUCUGGCACUGGGGGUCCUGCUUUGCCUCAAUUAUUACAGUAUAGCUCUUGGAGCUGCUUCCCUAUCUCUGGUAGUCACAUAUCCACUAAUGAAGAGGAUCACCUACUGGCCACAGCUUGUAUUGGGACUGACCUUCAAUUGGGGAGCACUGCUUGGAUGGUCAGCGGUCAUGGGCUCCUGUGAGUGGUCGGUGUGCCUACCUCUGUAUUUCUCAGGAGUGAUGUGGACAUUAAUUUAUGACACCAUCUAUGCCCAUCAGGACAAAGAUGACGACAUCAGGGUAGGGGUCAAGUCUACAGCAUUGAGGUUCCAGGAGCAGACCAAGCCGUGGCUCAGUGGGUUCAUGGUGGCCAUGAUGUCAGGGCUGAUUGUGGCUGGGGUCAAUGCAGAACAGACUCUGCCUUACUACGCAACACUGUCCACCGUGGCUAUUCACCUCACACAUCAGAUUUACACAUUGGACAUCAACAAACCAGAGGACUGCUGGAAGAAAUUUGUUUCAAACAGAAACCUUGGACUACUCCUGUUCUUAGGAAUAGUCUGUGGAAACUUGUGGAAAGAAAGAAGAGACACUUUAUUGCAAAAUGAUUAACUAGAUGUACAAAGAACUUCUCAGAACACAAGACUUACAUUGUAGUGUGCAGAGGACAUUCUAGUUAUAUAGUAGUACACAACCCAUUAUUUUGUAAGUCUUGACCGUAUUGGGUGUUGUCUCUAAAUAAAGCUCAUGUUAAGCUCUG